AUGUUAAGUUUGACUUUACCUGGUUCUUUGCAUCCUAGCAAUAAGGAUGCAUUCUCAUGGAAUGAAAAAGGUUUACUGGUAUAUGGUGCUCAUUGUACGAUUGUGAUAGUUGAUGUACUUCGUAAUAAAAUUAUUCAGACUCUUGAUCGACAUACUUCAGCUAUUACACAUAUUUGCUGCUCAUCAGAAGAGGAAGUAGGUUUCUCGGCCGAUGUACGAUUAAGAUGUGCAUCUGCUGAUGUUAGCGGUACAAUAGUUGUAUGGGACAUUGUAGAAGGUGUCGAACUAUCAUCUUUUUCUAUUCCGAAUAGUGCAGUUUUGAGUCUUGAUUGGUUCCCUUGGGAAGAUACAACUCGUGAUUUUCUUUUGGUAUUACAUUCCCCAAAUAAUUUGGUUUUAUGGAAUAUGGUGACUGGAGAUCGAAUUUGGAAUGUCACGUAUUCUCAAACCUUCAGCAGUUUUUCACUUGAUCCAUUCGAUUCACACAAAAUUACUUUUAGUCUAGUCGAUACUGGUUCUUUGCUGUUCGUUGACAAUGUUUUGCUUCAUAAAGCUCCAUCAGGUGAAGGUACUUCGCUGUUGGUGUUCGAUACUGUAUCAGCUACAAUGCCAAUUAUACAAAUUGAAUAUCACAAUGCUUUUCCAAAUAUCCUUUUUGCAGCAACUCAAAAUGAGAUUGCAUGCGUUGAAAUGGAAUGUUAUUGCAUUAUUUGGCGGUAUAUAUGUCAUGCACCAUUACUGCGCCUGAUGACCUGUAGUGAACGUGACAUUAUUGUAACAGUGCAUUCCAAUGGUACCAUUGAAUGGCGAUCUUGUAAGAUAUUGGAGAAUGAAAAGGGUAAAACAACACUAACUUAUGAGUUGCUAUAUUCGAGUGAAACACAGCGGCAAACAGAACACUGUCGGAUAUCUGCUGCAGCAUUAUGCCCUAUCACGCAAACUACCAUUGCUUUAUUAUAUAAUUCAGGAAACAUUUCUGUUUAUCAGUUGAGUUUAAAAGAAGACGAUAUAGUACUGCCUUAUCGAUCAUGCUACAUCACGGAUAUAAUUAGCGUUGGUGAAGAUUUGUGCUACUCAGUAAAUGGUCACUUGAAGAUGUCAAACAUAGUACAGAUGUUUUCAUUGGGUCAAGGAGUAACGACAGUACGCAUGCAACCAGGGCACGUUGAGAAAAAUGGUAAAGUAAUGCAAUUAACUGCUCUGGGAAAUAAUCAGGGAAUCUUACGAUUGGUGGACAUUUCAGCAGGAAUGAUCUUCCGAGAGCUGCAUAUUCAUACAUGUCCUAUUAAAUGUAUGGAUUGGUGUGGACCGCAUAAACUUAUCUCGGCUGCAUAUGUUCAUCCCUUGAGCGCUUCAUCACUAGUCAAAAAUGAUAUUUUUAUUACGGAUAUUCGGACAGGUGAAGGUAGGAGGUUGCGACCAGAAGUGGAAGAAACUCCUGUAGAAAUGUUACGGGUAUCAUUCUACCAUUGCUACGUUGCAAUUGGCUUCCGUAAUGAACCGCUGGAGAUUUGGCACCUGAAAUCGAUGCGUUUGCUGAGAAGAAUGUCUCGGUCAUGCCCUAUUAUUAUUGAUAUGGCUUGGUCCGGAAAGCAUCAUGCGGCAAAACAGAUUUCACAAGGGGAUGAGCCUGUCUUUCGGGAGAAUCUUGUUGUCUUAGAUGAAGAAUGUCAUCUAUACCAUGUGGUAGUGAAAGGCUUACAUGUAAGGGAUGGAAAAGAAGUGAAUUCACAGUGGAAAAGUGGUGCCGCAGUAAAAUGUUUGGUAUGGAAAGAUGAUUUAUUGGCAAUGGGUGAUGGUUGGGGACGAUUAGGUGUAUGGGAUUUAGGACGACGACAGUGCCAUCAAACACGUAGCACUACAAGAGGACCAAUUUUGAAACUUGUUUUCUCGCGAAUUCCCGGUGAUCAUACGCUUGCUGUACUACACCAGUAUACCGUUGUUCUGUGGGAUUCUGAAAAGCUUGUUGUACUUCAGCAGUGCAAUAGUAUCGCUACUUCAGUUUCAUUCUUGGAUCUUGAUUUGCAUGGCAUAUGUCCGCUAGUAGUUUGUUCGGAUAGUUCGUUCCGUUGUAUAUCGCUUGUUCCUUCAGAAGUUCAUCGUCGUCAUUCAGAUCUUCCUCUGUUGCUUGAAAUUGAUUCCUCGCAACUUUUAACAACAGUUUCGAACGGUGAUUCGAAAAUUAUGCUUUUGCAUGGACUUUUGAAACUAAAUGACAGGAUCCCAUCUGAUUCUAAUAGUCUUCAUUGGUAUCCUGUGGUACAUCGACUUUUCGGUGAACGAUGGUUGUAUGAUCUUUGGUCGGUAGUAAUAUCUACACUACAUGAUACACCACUUUCAUCGCGACUGCAAAUAUUUUGGAGCCCAUCCCAUUUAAAACGAAGAGUUGAACAGCUUCUUGCAUGUCUGAUGAGCUUACCUGAUUUGAAUUCUGCUCAGAUUGACAUUUUGGUUCAUCUUGCAGUUGUCUUACAAAAGCGUGAUUGGGCGAUGCAGUUGUUACUUGGUUCGCAUGAAGAAUGUCGUACUAGCGCCUUGCGUGCUUGUCUUCUUGCUUCGAAUGUUUCUUCGGAAGGAGCUCAAAGUAUUAUCAAACUUGUUGCAACUAAUCUUAUUGCAAAUGAAUGCAUGACAGAUGGUGUACAAAUGUUAUUUUUGAUUGGACACGGUGAUGAUGCGUGUCGUUAUCUGCAGGCUCAUGGCUUCUGGAGCAAAAGCUUUCACUUCGCUAAACUUGGUUUCGAUGAUUGGAAGGAUGUUGGGAACAAAUGGGUUGAACAUUUAGUAACAUCGAAAUCACAAAAGAAUUUAUGCUCUUUAUUGGCUGCAAAUGUUGGAGAUUGGAAUCGAUUAUCGAUGCUUUUAACACAGAAUUCGAAGGUAGCAGUUGCAAGGCAUUUGCUUAAAAUUGUUGAAGCCCGAUCAAUUUUUGUUGCAUAUCAUCCACCCGCUGAAUCAACGGAUGAGAUUCGAGAGGUUGUACCUCCAGUUUCUGAUCCGUAGCAUCUACAGUAUUGUUGAAUUUUGAAUAUUUUGGUUCUAGUGGGAAAAUGAAUGUAAGAAAUUGUGCAGCAAAAAAUUUCUUUGACGCUAUUGUAUUCCGAGUGUAAGAUGGUACUGUUACGAUUUAGCCUCGUACUGUUAUGAUUUAGCCUCGUCAUAGGUAUUUUUUGUCAAGAUGUAGAUUUAUGACAAAUA